UUAAAAAAGGGGAUCUGAUUCCAUUUUUUUCCCGACCCUCCCUGCCAUCGUUCUUCGCUUCCCUUCGCCAAACCCUAAAUUCCGAGGCAUAUCGGAAAUUUAUAGGUUCUCGCUCUGAGGAUUCUUCUGGUUCGUUAGCUCAAUGUCUUCUGUUUCUAGUCAGCCGCAGUUCCGUUACACACAACCUCCCUCCAAGGUUCUUCAUUUAAGAAAUUUGCCUUGGGAAUGCACCGAAGAGGAAUUGAUUGAACUGGGGAAGCCCUUUGGUAAGGUUGUAAAUACAAAGUGCAAUGUUGGGGCCAACCGGAAUCAGGCUUUCAUUGAGUUUGCUGAUUUAAAUCAAGCAAUAGCGAUGAUUUCCUACUAUGCUUCUUCGUCAGAGCCUGCUCAAGUUCGAGGUAAAACCGUCUACCUCCAGUACUCCAACAGGCAAGAAAUAGUGAAUAACAAAACAACAGCAGAUGUUGCUGGAAAUGUUCUGUUGGUGACGGUUGAAGGUCAAGAUGCUCGCAUGGUCAGCAUUGAUGUCUUGCAUCUGGUAUUCUCAGCUUUUGGAUUUGUUCACAAGAUUACUACAUUUGAGAAGACUGCUGGAUACCAGGCGUUGGUGCAAUUCUCUGAUGCGGAAACUGCUACUUCUGCAAAGAAUGCCCUCGAUGGAAGAAGCAUUCCCAGGUAUUUACUCCCUGAGCACAUGGGGCCGUGCACUCUUAAGAUCACUUAUUCUGCUCAUACAGAUUUAACUGUCAAAUUUCAGAGUCAUCGGAGCAGGGACUACACUAACCCUUACCUUCCGGUUGCACCGUCGGCCAUUGAUAGUACCGGUCAGGUGAGUGUGGGUGUGGAUGGGAAGAAGCUAGAACCUGAAAGUAACGUUCUUCUAGCAUCUAUCGAGAACAUGCAAUAUGCAGUAACUUUGGACGUUUUGCACAUGGUUUUCUCAGCUUUUGGACCUGUUCAAAAAAUUGCCAUGUUUGACAAGAACAGUGGUCUCCAAGCUCUAAUUCAAUACCCAGAUGUCCAAACUGCAGUUGUGGCGAAGGAAGCUUUGGAGGGACACUGCAUUUACGACGGUGGAUUCUGCAAACUCCACAUCACUUAUUCUCGCCACACUGAUCUCAGCAUUAAGGUAAACAAUGACAGAAGCAGAGACUACACGAUCCCCAACCCGGCCAUGCCCAUGGUGUCCCAACAACCUGGAGUGAUGGGUCAACAGCCCGGUAUGCCUCCGAGCCCUCAUCCCUACAACAGUGGUGGCGGCCAGUAUCCAACGGGUCAGCACCCGCAAGCAGGAUGGGCCCCACCAGCGGCUGGUCAGUCCAUGCCAAUGGCCAUGGGAGGUCAUCAUCAUCCUUACAUGGGUACUGCAUCCGGGUCCGGAUCGAUGAUGCCACAACACUCGGGGCCUGGCCCUAUGUAUGGGCAAGGCGGCGGGCCAAUGCCGUCCUAUGGACCUGGCCCUGGCCAGAUGCAAUGAGACAAUUGAUUUCGUUGGUUGGAUCCGUCAUCUCUCUCGCUUGGGUUUUAGCCUUUUCUUGGUGGUGUCAUUAGCUACUUCGGUUUUGGAGCUCUUUUUCCCCUUCCAUAUCCUGAGCUACUUAUUAACUAUUAAACUGAAAAGGAGCUUCGUGUCUUAAAAUGCAAAAGAGGUCUUUGUUCACGUCCUAUGUCGGUGGUCUGUUAAUGUGCUUUUUGGUACAAUCAUUGUUGCACACUUCAAAUUCAAUUGAAGUGGUAGAAUAUAUUAUUCGGCCAUUGAGUGAGGUGUGACUUUGAAC